CCACCAUUCUCUGCAGUGGAUAUGGCGUCACUGAAAAGUGUAGGAGUCGAGAAACUUCACCCGUGUAAAUAACGUCAAUAAGAAAGCUGUGUGACAGGCUGUAGAUAGCAAUACAUAGUACAUAGCUUUAUUUAUUUACCAGCUUAUUUUUAAGUAUGCAUCGGAAAAAGCCAUUUAGCAACAAACAGAAGAAAAAACAGCUACAAGUCAAACGGGAGAGAAAGAGAGGUGACACAGGCUCUGGGCCGAGCAUUCGCAAUGCCAGUGUAGAGCGAGGAGGAGAGCGACAGUCAGAUACCUCAGACAGUGAGACCACUGAUGUUAGGAGAAUAAAUGAGCAGCCCUUCAGCAAAGAUGGUAGAUAUGACCCCAACAGGUUCCGACAACACUUUGAGAAAGAGAGUAAAGAGGACGUUGAAAAGAGGAAGAAGUUGGCCAGGGAGAAGGUGCUGCAGCCAGUCUCAGACAAAGAACUUGAGAUCGACAUCAAUGACAUCUACCCCUCAGAUAAAGGUCUUGGUCUCCCUCGACGGCCGUCCUGGAAUUAUGAGAUGACACGAGAAAACCUGCUGAGGAAAGAGGAGAAGGCGUACAGAGACUACCUGGAUGACCUGCACUCCAAAAACCCACCUGGCUCUCUUAGCCACUUUGAGCACAAUCUGGAGACAUGGAGGCAGCUAUGGAGAGUGUUGGAGAUGUCAGAUGUCAUCCUACUCAUCGUGGACAUCAGGCACCCGGUGCUGCAGUUCCCUCCAGCCCUGUACCACUUCAUCACAGGAGAUCUCCAGAAGCAGGUGGUCCUGGUGUUGAACAAAGCUGACCUGUGUCCUCCCCCACUGGUGAUCUCCUGGAAACACUACAUGACCUCCCAAUUCCCCCACCUGCAAAUAGUCUGCUUCACCUCCCACCCUGGACAGCCCUACAGCACAGUGCUCCAGAAGAAGAGGAUGACGAGGAAGGCUGACUGGAAUCACGCUGGAGGUCCUUUAGAUAUCCUGAAGGCCUGUCAGGAGAUCACAGCAGGGAGAGUUGACCUAUCCAGUUGGGAGCAGAAGAUUCAGAGAGAUGCUGUUGCUGAGCGACUGGAUGGGGAGUGGCCAGAUGAAGGAGCAGAGUCAGUGCUGAUGGAGCAUCAAAGUGACAGCGCUAUGGAGAUGAGUAGCUUAUCCAAGGAGCUCUACAAAGAUGGGAUUCUCACACUAGGCUGCAUAGGCUUUCCGAAUGUUGGUAAGUCAUCUGUUAUAAACAGCCUGGUGGGGAGGAAGGUGGUGAGUGUGUCUCGAACCCCAGGCCACACCAAAUACUUCCAGACCUACUACCUCACCCCGACGGUCAAACUCUGUGACUGCCCUGGACUGGUUUUCCCCUCCCGUGUGAAUAAACAGUUACAGAUUCUAGCAGCCAUUUACCCAGUGUCUCAGCUGCAGGAGCCCUACAGCUCAGUUGGUUAUCUGUGCGAAAGGACCCCUUUCCUCUCUGUGCUGAAGCUCAACCAUCCCACUUUGCUGGAGAACAAACCCCACCUAAGAAACCAGAGGUCUGAAGAGUUCAGCUGGACUGCUUGGGAUGUGUGUGAGGCAUGGGCAGAGAGGAGAGGCUAUAAGACAGCAAAGGCAGCUCGCAACGAUGUUUACCGUGCAGCUAACAGUCUCCUGCGGUUGGCAAUUGAUGGCAGAUUGUGCCUCUGCCUAAGACCACCUGGCUACAGCUGCAUGAGAGAGCAUUGGGAAAAUCACCCAGACUUGCCAGAGAUUAUGGCUCUUCAAGGAAGGGCGACAGAUGAGAAAGGGACAGGAGAGAGGGACGAUGACGAGGAAGGAGAGUCCAGCACCGAGCCAGAGGAAGAGAGAGACUGGGACGCAGACGAUGAUGAGGAUGGAGAUGAUGAAGAUGAGGGGUUUGGACAGCCAAGACGGAAGGAGGAUAAGCCAUCUGGCUUCAAUGUCAACAUGUACAAUGUUCUUCGGGAGAACGAGUGCGAGUGAUAACAGAGAGAAAGACGAGCAUGAAGACAUGAGUUGUUCCUCUUCCCCGACUUUUCCCUGUUUACCCCAGUGCACUUUUCAUUCCUUUUUUCCUGCAUUCCUUCUAAUUUUUUCUUGCAUUUCCACUCCUCAUGUCAUUACCUUCUCUGUACAUUGACAUGAUCUAUUCUAAUCCAUUCACCCUGUUUCCUUCUCCCUAUAAUAUACAGAGCAUAUUCAUGUAUUCCAUGCUGUGCCUCUGCUCUGCUUGUUCAUCCAUGCAGCUUAUUCUUUAGUGUCGCUUCUAGGAAUGGGUUUGGUUUGGUUUGAUUUUUGCAUAUAGAUCUCAGAAACAAAUUAACAAAGUAACUUCCACAGCCUGGAAUAAUCAACCAAUUGGUUUUCAAUCUCUUUAUUGAUAUGUGACCUCACAGCUGAGAUGCCAAAGUUCAGGAAAGGAUGAUGAAACAAAUCAGGUGCACUGACAAUAUGUCAUUCAUUGGAGCAUACAUCUGGCUCUCAGAACAGCUGGAGAUUUAAGAAUAUGACUCUUAAUCUUCUUUAGAAACCGUAGUUUGUCACAGCUUUGGUUAAAGGGUGUGGGAUGGGAUAUUGGAGAUAUUGCCAAAAAUGUGGAAUGGAUAAAACCAAUGUUUUAGACACAGUUUUGCAGUUACCAGUAUUACGACUCAGUUAGAGGUUCAUUUAUCUGAACUUGGUUUUGAUUUAGAUUAUACUGUAUCUGAGAGUUAUAUUUUAUUUGGUGUGGUUAUACACAGUCACACAAAAAAAUUGGGAUGGGGGAGGGAUGGGUAGUUGAAUCCUGUAUUGCUGGAUGAGGCUGAUUCAGGAAUUUAACCUGUAGUGUUUUAACUACUAGAAAAAUGAUCCUUAGAUGCUAAUGGAGAUUAGUGCAGGAUUUUGGCUACACUCAUUCAGCAAGUUUAUAUUGCUAAUGGCAGUACAGUGGGUUUGAUCCAACAGAGACUACUUAAAAAUCAGUUACAGUUCACUAUUUUGGGAAAUACACAAAUUUGUUUUCUUCCAGAGAGUUAGAUGAGAAGAUUGAUGCCACUCGUAUACCUGUCUGGUAAAUAUGAAGUUUGAGACCAGGAGAAUGUUAGCUUAGCUUAGCACAAAGACUGGAAACAGCUACCCUAUCUCUAUCCAAAGGCAACAAAAACCGCCUACCAGGGCCUCUAAAGAUCACUAAUUACCACGUUGUAUCUUGUUUGUUUAAGCUGUACAAAAACCAAAGUGUAAAAAUGUGUAAAUGAAAUAUUUUAUAUAUUUUCUACCUAUCUAUGUUUUCUAUUUUCAUAUUUCUUUGCCGGGUGCAGUAACUUCCUAGACUCUGCUGGUUGCCUGGCAAUUUCAUAGUGAAGUCAAAACUCCAGGACAUUACUGCACCCUGCCAAGAAAUAGUCCCGCGCAUCACCAAAAUAUGUAAUUUUACACUUUGUUUUUUGUAUGAAUUAAACAAACGAGAUAUAAUGUGUUUAAUUAGUGAGCUUUAAAGGUGCUGAUAGGCUGAUUUUACUGUUACAUUUGAACAGAGCCAGGCUAGCUGUUUUCCCCCCUGUUUUCAGUCUUUGUGCUAAGCUAAGCUAACUGGCUGCUGGCUAUAGCUUCAUAUUUACUGUACAAACAUGAGAGUGGUAGUGAUCUUAUUACCUAAGUCUGCAUGAAAGUGAAUAAGCGUAUUAACCAAAAUGUCAAACUACUCUUUUAACCACACAGAGAGACUGGCCAUCUUAGCUUCCAUCUGUCCAUCAUUAAAAUAACAUUACACACUCCAUCUUUGCUGUUUGAAUUAUAACUUCAACAUAGUACUCAAUUACAAGGUCAGAUCUUGUAAUUCUGUUAAGACACCCACUGCAGACAAUUCUCAGUGUUCGUCAUUGUCAUGUUUUCAUCAAAUUUUCUGUUGAAAUGAGAAAAACUGACCUUUUUGCUGUUUGACCAGUCUCUUUCUCUGUGAUGUGUGAUGGCCCUGCUACAAUCCUGAGUGCUGUAUUAUUGCGUGCUGUUGUCGUACCUCAUUCAUGUGUUCACUGAGGGAACUCUACAGCACAGUGCUGUGUUACUGUGUAAUACAUCACACUGCAGCCACAUGCAGUCAUUUCUACCAUUGGUACAAUGUAAAGCAGUUACUCAACACUACCAUGCUGUUAGAAACACAACAGAGUAUUAGUUGUGUUGAUGUGGGUUUUUCUUUUUUUCAAAAUAUUAAAACUGACAGCGGCUGGAGAGUGUAGUGUGAAGGCUUGAGGUGUGUUCAAGCUAUUGGCUGCAUUCUUCAUCUCAUUCCUAGUAUGUCUAAUGAUGACUGGACUGCUUUCUGCAAUAAAAGAAAAUAAUCCUCUAAACCA